AUGUCUAUGUGGAUUACUUUAAAACAAAAGUUUUAACAACUCAGAAUGAGAAAUUAGAUUUUUUUAAUCAAAAUCUUUGUGCUGCUUAUUAGUUUUUUCUUUAUUGGAUGUUGUUAUCUAGUUCAAUAAAACAUCAUGUUAGAAAUAUAUGAAGAUUCCUCAAAGAUUGUACUCCACAAACAAGAUAGAAAAUCACUUAUGCUUUUAUUACCUUAAUUGCAUUAUUAUAUAGUUUCAAAGUAACAAUCAAGAAUUUAACUUUUAUCUAGUAUAUCUACAUUUUACUCAUAACUUGACCAAUUUACAAUAUCAUCAAAUUUUAAAAAUUCACUACCAUGUUAAACGAUUGAUUAAGUCAAUUUUUUAUUCAAGAUCCCAGAACCUUGUUAUACCUGCUUUCUUUGUGAGGGGGGCAAUAUCAUUCCUGAACAAGUUUUAUACAAAGAUCUUGAAAAACUGGAAAGAAUGCUUACUGAAUUCAUAUUUUCUUUCAAUACUUUAUAAAAGAACAGAAUUUUUUUUCUAGCCACAGGUAAUAUAUCGUUUGGGUACAUGUAUCCCUAAGUAAUUUUUAAUUGGUCAUAUUAACCUGCAAAGGUUAAUUGGUUUACGAAUCAUUUGGAACUAAGGCAGAAGAAUCCUGAUUAGAAGUAUUUCUUCUCAUUGCUAUACUUUUCUGGAACAGCCAAAAUAUAUAAAUAAACUAUUUCUUAUUCCUUGGAAAAUAGGAUAAAUAAUCACUUAGAUGCUAUUGCAGCAACUGAUAUGGAUGCAGAAGACUGGAAUAUGAAAUCAAUUAAAGCAAACACUUAUUUGCUUAAUUAAUAUGGGGAAAUUAUUUACCGGAAUGUGGAUCUCAAUCUAUCAGUAUUGGAACUCAACUUCAUAUACGAGGAAAAUAAAACGGGUUUUAACUAGACAGAUUGGAAUUAAAUUUAAAAUUUGGCCAGAGGAGAUAAAGUUUUUUCGAAUUGCUACAUGCAAUAAACUCAGAUACUAUGUCGAUACAAUUCAAUCUAUAAAGAGCCCAUUAAAAUUGUUGCCAAGAUAAUUCCUGGCAAUUUUACUUUAAUGAUGUUUACUAAUUCAAGCUUUGAGGCUAAUUUGUAGAAUUAAUUUUUAAUUAUGGAACAAAAUAUAUAUGAGUAACUAAAAUAAGGUUUUAAUAUUCAGAUUUUAAGUUUUUUAGCCAUUAUUUUUGUUUCAAUGAUAGUUGUUAUACUAAUGUUUCUGCCCAUCCUUAAAGUUAUGUUAUUGGCAAAAUUAUAUAUUAAGAGGAUGGGCAAUAAUCUUGAUAAAGAGAUAUUCAAAAUAGCUAAUAAGGCAAAUAAUAGUAAAGGUAUAUUUAAUGAAUUGCAAAUUAAAAUUAUUAAUUUUGGAGAUAUCAUAGAAAAGAGCUAGUUAUCAAAAAGUGAUCUAUGUAAAGAUAUUGAAAAAAUUUAAUAUCAAGAAAAAUUCUAUAAAAGAGAAUAAAGUGAGUUUUUGGGAUAAGUUCAUCUUUAAAACCUAUAGGAUGAUACAUAACAAAGGAUACCUCAGAAAGCAAUCAUUUAAUUCAUAACUUGUUUAUUUAAAUAAACAAGUUAAUUCCAUCAUUCUUAAAAAUGA